AGAAAGCACCCAAUUGUACUAGGUUUAGUGGAGAUAACAUAAGAUGUUAUCAUAUUUUGUUGGGAAAUUUAUGAAGAAAUUUUAACCUAGAAGAAAGGCAUAGUGCAUACAUGGCUAUAUGCUAGAGAACUAGCGCACUCGCCUUCCCACGCCCUUUGUUGGUUCUCUAUGGUAUCAUCGGCUAUUAUCAUCAUUUCUCUUCUGCAUUCACGCCUUCCCAGCCUGAUACGGCUAUCUUUCAUAGCCCACUGACGUGAAGAUUCCUCCAAAUAUGCAACCAGGUGAUAUUCCUCUAUACCCUUCCAUGCCCGCCAUGGCUCCCCUGCCUGUUUCUAUGCCCUUACCCGGGACUCUCUUGGUUUCCGACUCCGGACAUACCGUCACUGGGAAACGCCGCCGUGAGGACGACCUGAUUGUAUCCAAUUCGGAGGCCGUAGAUGUAUCGGCUCCCAAGAGACAGGCGAAGGCUCAUGACGUGCUUUUCAGAAUCAUUGUGCCCUCGAAGCAGAUCGGGAAGGUUAUCGGUAAAGUUGGUUGCCGAAUCCAGAAGGUUCGUGAGGAAACCAAAGCUACAAUCAAGAUUGCCGAUGCUGUCGCGCGGUAUGAAGAACGUGUUAUCAUUAUAAGUUCCAAGGACUGUGAGAAUUCGGUUACUGAUGCGGAGAAAGCACUUCAGCAUAUUGCAGCACUGAUACUGAAGGAGGAUGGCACCAGUAUUGAGGAACUAAAAGUUGGAACAGGGCAUGUGGCUGCUAAUACUAUUAGGCUCCUAAUAGCAGGAUCUCAAGCAGGGUCUUUGAUUGGUGCCUCGGGUCAAAAUAUUGAGAAAUUGAGGAAUUCUUCUGGUGCAACAAUUACGAUUCUCGCCCCAAAUCAAUUACCUCUUUGUGCAUCUGCUCAUGAAUCUGACAGAGUGGUGCAAAUAUCAGGGGAUGUUCCUGCAGUUUUGAAGGCUCUUGAGGAGAUAGGCAAUCAGCUAAGGGUAAAUCCACCUCGGCAAGUCAUUUCUGUUAGCCCAACAUAUAAUUACAAUGCAAUGCACCCGCCACAGUCAUAUAUUGAUCCAACCUCAGUUAAUUAUGUAACCUUCGAGAUGUUGAUAUCGGAGACGUUGGUGGGUGGGUUGAUCGGGAUUGGUGGCUUCAACAUAUCAAGAAUCAGAAAUGAAUCUGGGGCUACUAUCAAGGUUUGUGGUGGAAGAGGUGAACAAAAUUACAGGCAAAUACAAUUUGGUGGAAGUGCUGAACAGGUAGCACUGGCAAAGCAAAGGGUUGAUGAAUAUAUUUAUUCUCAGUUGAUACGACAAGCUGGUGUUCAACAGACAGCUCUGCAGAUGUGGUGAAUCUGAAACAGAAAGAGUUGUUAGUUGUAAUGGCAACAGCUGCUGGGAAGCUCACAAGAACAGCUCCUACAAACUUCAAUCCAUUAAUGAAGUGCUGCAAGAUUUUGGAAUAAUGGCUUCCUUUCUUUUUUUCUUCUUUUUUUGAAUGUGACAUAUUGUAAUUGUGCCAAAUAGUUUACUGAAUGUUUUCUAUAUUAACAAUGACUUAAGGGUUUCCAUAGCUAUAAAAAAAAAAAAAG